AUUUCAGCAUUAUCAAGCAAAGAUUCGUCCGAAAUGAAAUGGUACUCGAGAAACUUCAAAGAUCCGAAUUCAUGAUGGAAUACACAUGCAAAGCUUCCAACACUCAGCUUGCCAAACCAAGGACUGCAUCUGUGCAAAUAGACAUGAAUCUUCUGCCAACGGAAGCCAGGAUUCAAGGAAUGCCCUUAGUGCUCCUCUCAGGGGAUGAGCAUGAGUUCACUUGCGAAACGAGAGGAUCCCGACCAAGGGCCCUUACCACCUGGUGGUUGGACGGACAUAAGAUAACUGCAGGAGUUUCAGAAAUCAUGAGAGAAGCAGGAAACGUCACAUUCAGUACCCUUUUAUUCACUGCUACUCCGAGGGACAACGGAAAGAGGCUACUUUGCAAAUCGGCCAACCCCGCUCUGCCAAAGAUGACCGUAGAAGAUGAAAGAAUCCUCAGAGUCCACUUUGCUCCUAUGGUAAACAUAUCAUUAGGUGGAACUUUCAGCCAAUCAGGAAUCAAAGAAGGCAGUGACGUUUAUCUAGAAUGCAGCAUAUGGGCCAAUCCAUGGAUAUUUGAAAUUGCUUGGCAGUUUGAAGACCGUCCAUUGGUUGCUAAUCUGUCGGCGGGAAUAGUCAUCACCAAUCAAACGCUGUUACUGCAGAAUGUGAGAAGAGAUCAUAGAGGUCGAUACCGUUGUCAUGCUUCCAAUGUAGUCGGACAUAGCUAUAGCAAUCACCUUCGUCUUCUCGUACAGUUUGCUCCCAUCUGCAAGUCCUCAGAACCUAGAAUAUAUGGGAUAUCUGUAACCGAAACUGUGAACGUCACGUGCGACGUCGAAGCUGAUCCCCAAGACAUUUCCUAUAGGUGGUCCCUUAACACCACCUUGCAGACGAUCGUGCUCAGCAACUGGAGUAGGGGCUAUCCCCAUGGGGUUUUCAGCUAUUCGCCCCAGAGCAAGGCUGGGUAUGGCAUUCUACUUUGCUGGGGCAGAAACAAUAUUGGAAGCCAGAGGGAGCCAUGCGUGAUCAAGAUAGUGCCAGCAGGUGCUCCAGAGUCUCCACAUGACUGCUUAGUCACCAACCAGACUUUACAGUCACUCACCAUAGAGUGUCAACCUGGCUACAACGGCAGCCUGCCACAAAUCUUCCACAUGGAAAUCUACAACUCCGUUGUUGAGCACAUGGCAGACAACCUGACGAGGCUGGACAAACCUCGGUUCCAUGUCAUUGAUCUGUCACCUGGUACUUCUUACGUUCUGGUCAUCUAUGCUUCCAAUAUCAAGGGACGUAGUAACUCGGUAGCCCUUGUCGCUUCUACACUAUCUACAGCCGAAAGAAGAACAGCUCAAGAUGACAAGCUGAUAUUCAAUCCUCUUAUAGGUGUACUUAUAGGAGUGGUAACCUUAUUUGUAAUAAUAGGUAUUGCUAUCGUCAUUGUUGUAUUCAAGUCUCACAUUUCCAGAGGAGAAACGAGAAAAGAUGAAGCUAUUACCGAAUCUUCAAUCGAAUGCGAUUUACCGAAAAAGGACUUGGAAGACAGCCCAGAGAAUGGAAGCAAUAAGGGACCAGACAUCAUCCCCCUUUCCAUAGAUCCAGACGUUUUCUUCACGGGGAGGGUGGCCGAUGAACCCUUGUAUGGAUCCAAGUCAGAAGCACCCACGAGCGAAUACGUCCACGAAAAGUACACAGAUACAGUGUUAUAAGGAAGGUUCAACGCCUUCUAAUACAAAAAAAUUAUUUAUGGAUCCGGCACCAUGGAUCUGAUCUGGAUAUAAACUUUGUUAUUUUCGACCCCGCACCAAAGAGUACAACCCUUCCUUUACAUACGAAUUUUAUUUUUCUCAACAACAUUCACAAGAGCAAGAGAGAAAUUUAUUUUCUUGGAGCUUCGUCACGUUGAAAGUGUCUGGAAUAGAAUGCUAAAUUUAGGAACUUGAUAUAAUGGAUAUUCGAAUGGGAUGAGACUGCUUUUUAUUGCCGAAAGCGGAGUUCUGAAAAGAUUUGAAGAUUGAACAGAAAAAAUGGAGUUUUACAGAUAAAAUGUUUGCAAAUUGCUGAUAAAUAU